AUGUCCAAUCCCGAGAACCAGUGUUCUGGGGCCGAUUGCGACAAUGAAGCUGGGACAUUACAAUGUCCGACAUGUCUGAAGCUGGGUGUCAAAGGCAGCUAUUUCUGUGAUCAAGACUGCUUCAAAAGAAAUUGGAUUACACACAAGGCGAUCCAUAAAACACAAAAUGCUGGCCAAUUCUACGACCCAUUUCCGGGAUUCCCAUAUACUGGCUCUGUCAGACCUGUAUACCCACUCUCCCCGCGACGACCUGUCCCUAAGACAAUCAAGCAUCCUGACUGGGCCAAAACUGGCAUUCCACGUCGUGAGAUGCGCUUGAGCGGGUCGAAAUGCGACAUCUUAGAUGCACAGGGUCAGGAGGCCAUGCGCAAAGUGUGCAGACUUGCUCGAGAAGUACUCGACAUCACUGCUGCGGCGAUAAAGCCUGGCGUAACCACAGAUUACCUGGAUGAAAUCUGUCACAAUGCUUGCGUCGAGCGAGAGUCAUAUCCUUCUCCGCUUAAUUACAACCACUUCCCCAAGUCAUUGUGUACAUCUCCGAAUGAGGUUGUAUGCCAUGGGAUUCCCGAUCAGCGAGUUCUUCUUGAUGGUGACAUACUUAACCUUGAUAUUUCUCUAUAUCACGGCGGAUAUCACGCCGAUGUGAAUGAGACCUACUACGUUGGUGACAAGGCCAAAUCGGAUCCAGAGUUGAUCAAACUUAUUGAAACGACACGGCAGGCGUUGGACAUGGCUAUCGAGAUAAUCAAACCAGGUGUACCGAUUCGAGAGUUUGGUAAGAUCAUUGAGAAGCACGCAACCUCUAGGGGCCUUGUCGUUGUCAAGAAUUGGGGCGGCCACGGUAUCAACUCGGAAUUCCAUCCUCCGCCUUGGAUCCCUCACUACGCGAAGAACAAGGCUGUGGGAACAUGUAAACCUGGGAUGACAUUCACGAUUGAACCUAUCUUGGCUUUGGGCAGCAGCCGCGAAGUGUGUUGGCCAGAUGACUGGACAAACGUUACAGUGGACGGCAAAAGGACAGCACAAUUCGAACAUACCAUGCUUGUCACAGAAACAGGCGUCGAGGUUUUGACGGCAAGACUGGAGAACUCUCCAGGAGGACCAGUUCCUAUACCGGGGGUUGCAAACGGAGAUACAAAUGGCAAAGUAAAGAACUAG